GUUCGAAUAAGGAACUCUCGUUUGCCCGUUACCAGGCAACGGGCUGAAAGGUAUAAAAGCUAUCCCCCAUCGCUGUUUAGGCCUGCGACCACACUGUUUUGGAGAGCAUCAUCCUUUCUCCUACAUCUAAAUUUUUAAUCGCAUCUUUAACCAUAGUGCUUUAUCAAACGCAUUUUCAAAAUGGCCGAUGCACAGAAGCUGUACGAUCUGUUGAAAGCAGACGCCAACUGCAAAUCCCUUCUUAAAAAACACCUGACCCAAGAAGUCUUCGAUGCUCUCAAAGAUAAGACCACCAAAUUUGGCGGCACCCUCGCUGACAGCAUUCGCUCAGGAUGUGAAAACACAGACAGCGGUGUUGGUGUCUAUGCCUCUGACCCUGAUGCCUACACUACCUUUGCUCCACUCUUGGACGAAGUCAUCAAAGACUACCACAAGGUGUCUGAACUCAAACACCCCAACCCAGACUUUGGUGAUGUUGACAAGCUUGACUUUGGUGACCUUGACCCAUCCGGCAACUUGAUCGUGUCCACUCGUGUCCGUGUUGGCCGCAGCCAUGACAGUUAUGGAUUCCCCCCAGUACUCAAGCUCGAGGAUCGUGUUGAGAUGGAAAAGAAAACCUGUGAAGCUUUCAACAAACUUGACGGUGAGCUCAAGGGCACAUACUACCCUCUGACUGGCAUGACCAAGGAAACCCAGAAACAGUUGACUGAAGAUCAUUUCCUCUUCAACGACAGCGACAGAUUUUUGAGAUCAGCUGGUGGUUACAACGACUGGCCCACUGGCCGUGGUAUCUUCUUCAACGACAACAAGACUUUCUUGGUCUGGGUCAAUGAGGAGGAUCACCUCAGGUUCAUCUCCAUGCAGAAGGGAGGUAACCUGCAGGAAGUCUACGUUAGAUUAGUCAAGGCCAUCAAAGCCCUAGAGAGCAGUGGUCUCUCAUUUGCUAAACGUGAAGGUCUUGGCUAUUUGACUUUCUGCCCAUCAAACUUAGGAACAACUCUCCGUGCUUCAGUGCAUAUUAAGAUUCCACACUUGGCAGCUUCACCUGACUUUAAGGCUUUCUGUGACAAAUUAAACAUCCAAGCUAGAGGUAUCCAUGGUGAGCACACAGAAUCUGUUGGUGGAGUCUAUGAUAUUUCCAACAAGAGGAGAUUAGGUUUGACAGAGAUUGAUGCCAUCCAAGAAAUGCGCAGAGGUGUUGAAGCCGUCAUUGCAGAGGAGAAGAAACUGUCUGGCGUUAAAAUGGCAGAUAAUAUAUGUGCUGAGAGCGAAAUUUUGUAUAGGAGACUGCUGAAUGCAACCGACUGCAAGUCACUGCUUAAACAAAAUUUGACGAAUAAUAUUUUCACCAAAUUAAAAUGUGUAAAAACUAAAUUCGGUGGAACUCUCGCUGACUGCAUAAGAUCAGGAUGUGAGAACCUAGACAGCGGUGUUGGUGUCUACGCCUCUGACCCCGACGCCUACACGACAUUUGCUCCACUUCUGAACGGCGUCAUCAAGGACUACCACAAGGUGUCUGAACUCAAACACCCCAAGCCAGACUUUGGUGAUGUUGACAAGCUUGACUUCGGUGACCUUGACCCAUCCGGCAACUUGAUCGUGUCCACUCGUGUCCGUGUUGGCCGCAGCCAUGACAGUUUUGGAUUCCCCCCAGUACUCAAGCUCGAGGACCGUUUAGAGAUGGAGAAGAGGUCAGUUGAAGCCCUUAACAAACUGGACGGUGAGCUCAAGGGCACAUACUACCCUCUGACUGGCAUGACCAAGGAAACCCAGAAAAAAUUGACUGACGAUCAUUUCCUCUUCAACGACAGUGACAGAUUUUUGAGAUCAGCUGGUGGUUACAACGACUGGCCCGCUGGCCGUGGUAUCUUCUUCAACGACAACAAGACUUUCUUGGUCUGGGUCAAUGAGGAGGAUCACCUCAGGUUCAUCUCCAUGCAGAAGGGAGGUAACCUGCGGGAAGUCUACGUUAGAUUAGUUAAGGCUGUCAAAGCCCUAGAGAGCAGUGGUCUCUCAUUUGCUAAACGUGAAGGUCUUGGCUAUUUGACUUUCUGCCCAUCAAACUUAGGAACAACUCUCCGCGCUUCAGUGCACAUCAAGAUCCCAAAGCUGUCAGCCACACCUGACUUUAAGGCUUUCUGUGACAAAUACAACAUUCAGGCCAGAGGUAUCCAUGGUGAGCACACAGAAUCUGUUGGUGGAGUCUAUGAUAUUUCCAACAAGAGGAGAUUAGGUUUGACAGAAAUCCAGGCUAUUCAAGAAAUGCGCAGAGGUGUUGAAGCCGUCAUUGCAGAGGAGAAGAAAUUGUCUGGCGUUUGAUCAGUUGAUCUUUUUAAAUAAAUAAAAAUAUUUUUAAGGAAACCACAACUGUCAAACCAUUCAAUCCCAUUUCUUGUUUGACCUUGAUUAGAAUUUUAAUUAAUUGGCUACCAGUCCCCAAAUUUAGGUAAGUGCAUCCAAUUUGUAUUGGAUUUGUGGAUGUUAGAUCACUCCCACAGUCCUUAGAAUAUUUGUCAUUGUAAAGUAUUAAUAAAAUCAUGGAUCCGGUUCAUUUGGAUUCCCUUUGUUAAAGCCCUUAGCGGUAGAACUGGUAUAUUAAAAAACAGCUUAUAAAAUGGCUGUUAUUAUCCAAGACAGCUUUUGUAAUUUUUGCUAAACCACUUGAUUCUGUGAUACAACAAAAAAAAGUAAAAACAAAUUAUUAUGACUAUUCUUUUAUUUCUGUACUCCAAAGUAAUAAAAUAUUUGAAUAAUCAACAUAAAA